AUGUUUAUAGCGUUUUCUUCAAAUUUGCUUCCAAAGAGAUGAGCUUUGAAAUAGAGAAUGAGGUCUAUUUCAAAACAGAAAUGCUUGAAAGAAGCUAGAAACAUCAUAAAUUUUAUCAAUAAAAUACAAGAAAAUAGCUCUAAAUAAAUUUUAAUUUGGCAUGACAACAUAUUUAGUUUGUUAAAUUAUAAUAAAAUGGAAUCAGCAUACUAAUCUCAAAUAAACAAAAAGUAAAAGAAGAAAGAUCUUGCUUUCUUAAGAAGCAUGGAGCCAUGAAAAAGAAGUUUUUGAUGCACUUUAACGGUCUUAAUAGAUUUAAAUUUAAUAGUCUACCCAAAUGCAUUGCUCCUUGCUUCUUUCAACCAUUCAGCCUUGGAAUUGGGUCUCGCCCCCUAUUUCAAAUCUCAUACUUUCAAAGCAAAUGUGAAGAAAACGCUAUAGCAGAUUUCAAAAAAGCUUCAAAAGCAUCAAUAUUAAGAAGCUAAAUAUCGUCGCAUGUGGAUCGAUUGCAAUAAUGUUUCUAGCUGACCGAUUUUACCAUAAAACUUAUUUUCCUACUCUUCUCUCGAAACUCCCUAAUAUCCCAAAUCCGGAACGAAUUAAUUUCAAAACGCUUGACAAGGAUGAGGAAACUAUAAACGAUUUAGAGAUCCACUACUAUUAA